UUCCUUUCUUUCUCUUUAAUCCUUUUUCUCUUUUUUUCUUUAAAUCCUCUUUCUUUAUUUUUUUAUUUUUUACAAUUUUCCAUUUUUUUUAAAUUUUUUUACAAAUUUUCUCCAAAUAUUUUUCCAGAUCCACGGAGGAUAGCGCAGAUGCAUGUUGCUAUCAGUCCAGACUGUUCUGAAAUUCACGCAAGGUUCCAUUUUCGACGUGACGUGAGCAUGCACAGUAUGAUGAGCAGAGCUGAACACGAUUGGGAGAUAGCAGUGCCUCGGGAUAGAUUGAGCUUCUCAUCGAUCUGCUGCAUCUGUCUUGUGAAUAGUGCUUCCGCUGUCAUCCACUGUGGACAUCCGGCGUGUCUUGAGUGUCUUCAUACCGGGUAUGUUGGGAGAUGUAUGCUUUGUAGAGCAUUCGCCACUCCCAACCAGUGCUUCCUUCUCCCAGCCAGUUUAGCAAUUGUGCCUGAACCUGAAGAAUCUGUCGUCGACAAUUCUCUGAUAGUUCUGGAAACUAAUGCUGCUGGUUUCCGUGUCGACCGUGAGGAAGUUGGACAGCGCCUAAUGCGUCAUCUGAGACAAAUUUGCUCAGAUCCUAGAGCUUCUAGCAUGGAGCAGCUGUUGGAAGAGCGCAGAAGACUCUUUCAUCAGAACAUGUCCCCGAAUGCGCAGAGCCACUGUGAUUUUGGUCACUUGAAUUUGGCGCGAUUCAACCCUGUCGAGAUCACUGUGAAUAGUGCCAGGACCCUCAACUCCAUUCAAUUGCGAGUGGGACAACAAGUGCAUCACCAGCUGAACAUUCGAGCGCACAGCGAUAUCGUCUCUACCUCGACUGGGCAGAUGAACGUGUUUGAGCGACACAUGAGCACUGUGACACAGAGCUAUCAAUUCAAUCCGAUAGCUCGCUACACGAUGCAAAGGAAUGCGAUGUUGGCGUACACGAAUUACUUCCGCUACAUUGACACGACCGGUCCGCGAGCAGUUCUCGAUGUUGAGGAAGUCUCUCUUGAGGAUGACUUGGAUGAUCUCUUCAACUAUGAUCUGGCAGCUGUUGAAUUGGAGCUCUUCGAAAGAAGCAGACGUCAACUCAGUCGAUCAGAAGAAGAUCUGGUUGUGGAUUUGGAUUCUGAUUCUUCAAACGAAGCAUUGGUUUUCGAAUCACGUGAUCCACGACGUCGAGUUGAGACUGCCGGACCUAGCGCUCAACAGGAAACGGUUGCUGGAUCCAGUGCUCACCAGGAAGCGGUUGCUGCACCUAGUGCUCACCAGGAAGUGGUUGCUGGACCCAGUGCUCACCAAGAAAUGGUUGCUGAAAUAGUGCUCACCAGGAAGUGGUUGGUGGACCCAGUGCUCACCAGGAAGCUGUACCUGGACCCGGAAACCUGCUACACCAUGAAACACAGGUUGGCGGACCCGACAAUCUGCGAGCUACUCGCAAGAAGAAACCACGCAUAUGAGAUGCAGGCCGGUGGUGAAGAGAGUGUUGAUGCAAUCAACAUCGAUCUUCCCAGCAGUGGAAGAAACAUCAUCGAUGGUGAUAGCGUGAUCGAUCUUCCUAGUGAAGAAAUUUUGAUUCGCAGAAGAAACCUGAGCUACAAAUUGAACUGA